AUGAAGACACUGCGCAUCUCCAUCAUCGCCAUGAUGAUGAUGAUGACAAUGGACGCCAUCUUGGCGGCAGACGAAACAUGUGCUGGUCGCUGCAAUUCCUUCGACCCGACUCGGAAAUGUCAGUGUGAUUCCAUGUGUGUUUACUACGGAAGUUGCUGUCGCGAUUAUGACAAGGAAUGUCCCAAGAAAGGUCAGUGACCUCUAACUGAGCGUGGCGACACUUUUGCGGAAGAUGACAACAGGCAAACCACGACGCCGUCUCUGUCGGACAUGAUGGCUUCAACUACAGCGCCGACGACAGUUAUAAGCAUCUCGGAAGUGCCACCCCGCCCGACGACAUAUGUGCCCAUGGCGCCCCCUGCGGACCGGGACGCGGCGAGCUGCAGCGGGCGGCCAUUUGAUGCCUUCCUUCAGCUGAAGAACGGAUCCGUGUACGCCUUCAGAGGCGAGUAUUUCUUUGAGCUGGACGAUACAUCCGUGCUUCCCGGUUACCCCAAACGGAUCCAGGACGUGUGGGGUAUCCCUGGGCCUGUGGACGCCGCCUUCACACGCAUCAACUGCCAGGGAAAAUCCUACAUUUUUAAGGGAAGAAAGUACUGGCGCUUCGAUGGCGAUGUCCUGGAUGAGGGAUUCCCCAGGGACAUUUCGCAGGGGUUCGACGGCGUUCCAGACGACCUCAACGCCGCCUUCGCCGUACCCGCCGCCAGCUACCGCCAAAAAGAGAAGGCCUACUUCUUCAAAGGUGACGUCUACCAUGUGUACGAGUUUGUCAAUCAGCCAUCGCAUCAGGAGUGCGUCCAGAUGAGGCGAUCGUCACCUUCGCUCUUGUUUUCCCGCUACACCGACCUCUUCUGCGACCAAACGUUGGAGGACCUCUUCGCCGAGCUCUUCGGCACCGCGGGUCAAUCUUCGUCUUCGGGGCCGCACCUCAUCAGCAAGAACUGGCUCGGCGUGCCCUCGCAGGUGGAUGCGGCCAUGGUGGGCCGUGUCUCUAUGAGUCCCACACGUCCACCGUCCGCCAGGAGGCCCAACUCCCGCAGGAGGAGACCCAACAGGAAGAACCGACGCAGGCAAAGUCGGCAAACGAUGUUCGACAUCUGGAGCGACUUGUUCGACGAUGACGACACGUCGCUAGAGGUUGCCAAGGUGGAGCCCACGCUCGCGCCCGUCGCCACGCCCGUGCAAUACGUUUACUUCUUCAAGAGAGAUCAAUACUACCGUGCGGACCUCCGAAGUAAGCGCGUGGUGCCGGCCUUGCCGCCGUACCCGCGAUCCAUUGCCAAGUUCUGGUUGGGCUGCAAGCAGGAAGACACGCCUGACAACCCCAACGCCGAGAGGAGAUGA